CAGAUGAGCAUAUACAGUAUAAUAAACAGCAUUAGUGACAAAGACGUCUGAGGGAGGCAGGCAAAUUAACAAGAGCAGGCUUAUAAGAUGAAAGUCGUGUUCAGCAGGGCAAGUUUUUUCUUGUCGGUCUCAUGACAAAACUAUUUCAACAGGGCAAGUUUCGAUUGACUCCUCGCUCUAUUUCGGACAGCAUUUUCUCAAACUUGAAAUGAAGUUCCUGUGCAAAACCUACAGAGAGUCAUCCCUUUUCUUUCAUUAUAGAUAUUGUCUUACCAUCAUGUAUAUCCCACCCUGUUUGCGUUUUCGUCUUUGUAAUGGCAUAUAUAGCCAUGGAAAUUGAGAAAACAGAGCAUAACCCACUUCUGCUAGAUUCAUCCCUUGGCUUUUAGAAUUGUACUGUUUCAGUUUUUCCAUCAUGUAUAUCCCACCCUGUUUACAUUUUCGUCUUUGUGAUGCAUAGAUGCCAUGGGAAUUGAGAAAAAAAAAUAGCAUAAUCCACUUCUACUAAUUGUUCUGUCCCUCUUUUUACUUUAUUUUGCACCCCAACUCCAUAGAGAUGCAAAACCCAAUUCAAUAGUUAGCAUAAGAAAGACGCCAUUAAACCAUUCAAAAUGUGGUCUUUUUUAAGUGGGGAUUGACCCAUAACCCCACUUCAUUAACUAUCAUUUAACAGCUUUUAAAGCAGCCGACACCCAACUUCAGUUUUUACACUUUCUAUGAAAUACCUUUUUCAAUCUUUUAUUUAUUCUGCCCCACUCCUCCGACCGGUUCCACUGAUCGAGAAUAGGUAGUCGCAGAAAGCGCAUGGUUUCUGUAGUCAUUAGUCCACUAACCUCGGAUGGAGGUUUUCUUUACUUUCAAAGGCACGUUAACGAGGAAACAAACAUAGGACGUCCUUGUCUCUGUCAGUUGCUCGCGCUCUCUCUCUCUCUCUCUCUCUCUCUCUCUCUCCGUGGCUGGGGUUUCUCCGAGGGGGGGGCCAAAAGCAAGAGGAAGUCAUUUGGAAAAGAAACUUGGUGUUUAAUUUUGAAAAUUCAAUUCAUUGAGGUUAGUAUUUGGAUUCUUGAAGCAUAGUUCUGACGGAGGUCUUGGAAAAAGGAUGACUUCUGAUUGAGGUUUUACAAAGGAGGCGACAAUGGAUCCACAUCCUAGGGGGUUUUCGGGUUCCACUGAUGCAAUCCAAUUGGGCAAUCAAUCUUUUUCGGUUCUUUCUAAUCAAAACCCUGUUUCUGGACCCAGAUUCGGAAACUCCUUUUUCGAUCACGAGUAUAGGGGGUUUCAUUUCCAUCAACCGGAUCAGGCACCGAGUCAUAUGGCCUCGUCCUCAGCUGGGGCCCAGGGUGAGGAUUACUCGGAGGACUGUGACUUUUCCGAUACUGUUUUGGGGUUCAUAAGUCAGAUACUCAUGGAAGAGGGCGUGGAGGAUAAGUCUUGCAUGCUUCAGGAUUCUCUGGAACUUCAAGCUGCCGAGAAAUCCUUCUAUGAGUUGCUUGGGAAAAAAUACCCCCCUUCCCCGAUUCAUAGAACAAAUCACAUCAAUGGAAAUGGUGAGAGCACAGAUGAUAAUAAUCACUAUGUAUAUCACAGUAAUUAUGCCAGUAGUACUAAUAGUAGUAGCUGUUUUGGUGAUAAUUCCCCGAUUCAAAAUCACGGAGAAUAUACCUCCCAAUUACAAAGUCUUCCCCGUGAUAUUAUUUCUCAGUCCUCGAAUAUCUAUUUAAAUAGUGAGAUGAGUAGUGUGGAUGGCUUGGUGGGUUUUCCAAGUGGUACUUUUCAGGUGCCUGAUUCAAAUAGCAAGAACCAAUCUGUUUGGCAAUUCAGGAAGGGGGUUGAAGAGGCUAGUAAGUUUCUUCCUCCCAGAAGUAAGUUGUUUGUUAACUUGGAGGGAGAUGGGUUGUUAUUUCAGAAGCCUGAGGCAGGAAGGGGCAAGAUGGAGGUUAAGGUGGAGAUGGAGGAUGAGAGCGAGGACUCACCUACUGGCUCAAGGGGAAAGAAGCAUCCUCAUGGAGGGGAGGAUAGAGAUACAGAAGAUGAGAGGCGUAGUAAGCAAGCCACUGUGUAUAUCGAAUCAACUCUUCGGUCUAAGAUGUUUGAUAUGGUGUUGCUGUCUAGCGCAGGUGAAGGUAAGGCCCACUUGACAGCCCUUCAGGAGACAUUGCAGAACGGCAAAAGCAAAAAUGUACAGCAGAAUGGAAUAAGCAAAACUGUGCCUCGGAAUGGGAAAUCAAAAGGAUCUAAUGGUGGAAGGGGACGCGAUAAGAAACAAAGUAGAAACAAGGAGGUGGUGGAUUUGAGAACUCUCCUUAUUCAUUGUUCCCAAGCUGUUGCAGCUGAUGAUCAGAGGAGUGCAAAUGAAUUGCUAAAGCGGAUCAGGCAGCACUCUACUCCUUUUGGGGAUGGAAAUCAGAGAUUGGCCCAUAUCUUUGUUGAUGGCCUUGAGGCACGCUUGGCUGGAACUGGCAGCCAGAUAUAUAAAGGUCUAGUUAAUAAAAGAACAUCUGCUGCUGACGUCUUGAAAGCUUACCAUCUUUACCUUGCUGCAUGCCCAUUUAGGAAGAUAUCUAAUUUUAUAUCAAAUAAGACGAUAAAGAUUGAAGCCGUGGAGGCAACAAGUCUCCAUGUCAUAGACUUUGGUAUCCUUUAUGGUUUCCAAUGGCCCACCCUUAUUCAGCGGCUCUCAUGGAGACCUGGUGGGCCCCCAAAGCUUCGGAUUACUGGAAUAGAUUUUCCCCAACCUGGAUUUCGGCCAGCAGAGCGAGUUGAGGAAACCGGACGUCGCUUAGCAACUUAUGCUGAGAGUUUCAAUGUGCCAUUUGAGUACCAUGCCAUAGCUAAGAAAUGGGAGACCAUUCAACUCGAGGAACUGAGAAUUGAUAAGGAUGAGUUGCUUGUUGUAAACUGCUUGUAUCGGGGUAGGCACUUGCGUGAUGAAUCCCUGUCAGUUGAAGGUUCAAGAGAUGCCUUCCUCAAUUUGGUGAGGAAGAUUAAUCCAGUUUUUUUCGUCCAUGGGGUUGUUAGUGGUGCCUUCAAUGCCCCUUUCUUUGUAACCCGGCUCCGAGAGGCAUUGUUUCACUAUUCUGCAUUGUUUGAUAUACUUGAAACUAUUGUACCUCGAGAGGAUCGAGAAAGAAUGCUGAUUGAAAAAGAGAUCUUUGGUUGGGAGGCUUUGAACGUUAUAGCUUGUGAAGGCUGGGAGAGAGUGGAGAGGCCCGAAACAUACAAGCAAUGGCAAGUCCGAAACCUAAGAGCUGGGCUUGCCCAGCUACCCUUCGACCGGGAGCUUGUGAAGGCAGCAAUGGCUAAGGUGAGGUCCAGCUACCACAAGGAUUUUGUCAUUGAUGAAGAUGGCCGGUGGCUGUUGCAAGGAUGGAAGGGGCGAACCAUCUUUGCCCUUUCUUGUUGGAAACCGGCCUAACGAGCUUGACAGGCACACUUGUCUAACUGGGCCUGCCUCUCAUCUCCUUGGCAUUUGAAAAUGAUGAUGGAGGACCCAAGGUAAUGGCUGCUACUUGUUUCUGCUUUUGUUGUAUCAAUGCCCCCCUCUUGCAGUUGCUCUCAUCUGUGAUUAAUCGGCUUCUUACUUUAUAAUUAGGUUAAUCAGUAACCUGGCAGUUAAAAAGUGGUCAGGCUGGAGAGAAGAUUGUUGGGUAAAGUAGUGGUAUGUAGUUAUCUUGUAGAGGACUUGAAUAUUCAAGUUAUAGCCCUUUCUCACCACAAAUGUUGUAUUCUAUUCUCUCUUUCUUAGUCAGUCCAUUAGGUUUUUGAAUGUUGCCUAAUGCACAGAGUCAACUUAAUAUUAACAUGUAAAAGAGGAAACUCAUGCAACAGGGUUAUAAACGAAAUUAAAGUAUCUUUCCCCACAUGGAGGGAGCUCUGGUUUGCUGCU